AUGGGGGAAAUGGAGGAAAAAUUAGAAUAUCUAGAAAGAGAAAACCACAGGCUUCGUCAACAAAAGGACGAGCUGACAACAACUAAACAACUAAAUGAACAACAACUAAAUGAAAGGCUGAACCACGUUGAAGGUAUACUCGUCCAAAGAUCACGGACGAACACAGGACCGUCUAGGGCGCAAUCAGGCGCGAAGACCGAAGAAGCCGAAAAGCCAGAACAACCCAAGGAUAAGGAAAACGACAGCGAAAGCAGAGAAGAAACGCGCCAAGCCAAGCGGCCACGCGGCCCGGACAGCACAACGAACACCAACUCGCAGGAAGACGGAUUCGUACUAGUAGAAAGAGCUAGGCCAAAUAAAAAACAAGAAAGCGCCAAGCACAAGAGAAAGCCGCGAAAACGGCAAAACAAGAAGCGGCAAAACAAACACAAAAAGAACCAAGCGAGGAUAUGGAAACGGGCACCAUCGAACAAACGGUGCCAACGAUAA